UUUAAAAUUCUUUAUGUUAUCAAAUACACCACGUCAACGUUAAAAGUUGGAGAUAUUUGAUAGUCUGGCGAUAUAUGAUCAUGAUAUCAAGAAAUAUUCCUUUCAUCUAAUAAAACGCAAGAAAAACUGUGGCAGGACUGUAGGAUGAUUGUUAAUUUGGAGGGAGCAACAUUAUGUCUGUCUUGAGCUCAGACAUGAAAACUAAUGGUUUUAAGUUGAUGAGAUUAAUUGUUGAUGUUGGUGGAGAAGCUUUAAGAAUAACAUUGAGGAAACAAUUGUCAGAUCAAAAUUUGAAGUCUGUUGAUGUUUCACGAAAUCAUGAUUACGUCGUCUGUGGUUAUGAAGGAUUCAUCGUGCAACUUUUUUCAUUGAGAACAAACAGAUGUUUAUGGAUAAAAAAUAUUUCUGGUCAGUUUAAGCAAUAUAAAGAGGAAGAAUUUUGCGUUGUCUUUUAUCCAUUCGAAGAUUUGAUAUUUGCUUCCCAGCUUGAUAAGAUAUUAGACAUUAAUGAUAAAAUUUCCUCCAGUCCGUUCCAUUGUGAUGAUUUUACUUCUAAGUUCUUUACCAACAAAUGUUUUUCUAAGGAUAAGUACACAAUGGUCACUAGUUACAAAGAUACUUUGACAGUAUGGGACGUUGAGAAAGGUGAAAAGAAACGCAGUAUUAGAUGUAAUAAUGUGACCUCACUGUGUUUUUCUAAUUCUGGAAGAUAUUUGUGUGUUAUUGAGGAAGAAAGAGUGGUUCAAAUAUUUAAUGUAGCGAAUAAUUAUGAAACGUUCGUUUACGACGAUCAUUUACCGCCUGAUAAUUUAAGUGAGUUUUGUGUUUUGUCCACUGUUGGUCUUCAUUCUUGGUGUUGUUGCCAUCCUUUUUAUAGGAAGGAACAUUUCAUUGUAAAUCCCACUGGUGAGCAACUUCAUGACUUAGGUCCUGAUUCUCAAACUUUAUUUCCUCUUGAUCCUUUUGAUGAAAACAGAUGUAGCUUUUCCUUUUAUGGAGCCGGAAAGUAUUAUUUUAUUUUGAAUAACGAAAAUGUUCUUUUGUUUAAUUACAAUUAUGACUUUUACCUUUAUUCAAUACCGCGUGCCUGUUUAACCAACAAUUACAGUUUUCAUAACGAGAAGUUUUGCUCAAAUGGAAAAUUUCUGUAUCGGAGUAAUGAAGAAAAUCCAAGGAUAAUUAUAUACAAUCUCAACACAUUUCACUUUGUUGUCAAGGAAUGUUUUUUUAGUGACAUGAUUGCUGUAGAAAAUGGAGUUAUUUUGCUUACGGUAAAAAAUAUUCCUGAGCUUUGGAAUAAUGAUUUGACAAAACUUGUUUAUAGUUUCGAUGAACUAAAAGAUACAAACAAAAUUUUUGAGGUGAGUGAUGUAUCAUUUGCUUGUCAAAAAACUGAUUCUUUAGUGUUUUUCAAUGUUGAAAACAAGCGAAAAGAAAUAUCAGUGAAUUUCGAAAAUUAUCAAAAUGUGCACGUAUUUGCAUGUAGCUCUAAGUAUCACGUGUUUGCUAAAGUUGAAUUUAAGGAUCAGAUAAUUUACUGUAUGUGGCAUGAAGACAAAUUUAUUAAUGGUUGGGAUGACGUAAUUAAGGAGGAAGCCGCCAAUUUAGUCGUCGACAAAGACGUUGGAAAGUACCUGUAUAAUAUUACUAGCUGUAUAACUUACGCUGCUUUUUCACCUUCAGCAGGUAAUUUAUCAAUAAGUUACAUGCAUGAGUAUGUGAAAGUAUUUGACGUUAAAAACAUACAAAUUAUUUAUAGUUAUACUGAGGGGAUUUUUUGGCGAAAGUUUUUCUUUGUUGAUGAUAGGUAUAUAAUUCGUGAAUCCUUAGAUUUGAUUGAUUUGAAAUAUUUUAAGAUUGUAAAAUUUAUUCUCCCGCUUGUGAGUAUAGUUCCAGAAACUUUUUAUUACUGUCGUAAACGCAAACUUGCUUUAAUUUUUUCUUCCUUUAAUGUCCCGGUACAAUGCGUAAAAAUCAUCUUGCCACGAGGAUAAA